AUUUUCACUCGAAAAAGCAGCGCUGGAACGAUACCACUUGUUGUAUUGUGCUGUUUCGGCCGAAGUAAAGUCGAAGAUCUCAAAAAUGAAAAUAGAAAAUAUAAUCUUCACUUCUGACUUAGAAAGACCCUGUUCCCUUAUGUUCAGACUCAAUAUGGACGCCAGAAUUUUGUACCCCAUCAUGGCUGAAUUACGCCUUAUCAAAACGGAUAAAGAACUUGAGGUGAUAAGGUAUGUCUGCAAAAUCGCUUCUCUAGCUCAUCGGGCGAUGAUGAAAGCGGUACGCGUUGGUCUGCAUGAAUACCAAUUGGAAAGCGUUUUCCGUCACACCUGCUAUUUCCAUGGAGGAUGUCGUCAUCAAGCUUUUACGUGCGUUGUAGCAUCAGGAGUUAACGGCGCAAUUCUUCACUAUGGACAUGCAGCCGUCCCAAACGAUAAGCGCAUCGAGGAUGGCGAUAUGUGUCUGUGCGAUAUGGGACCGGAAUACAAUUGCUACGCGGGGGAUAUUACCACUACAUACCCCGCGAACGGAAAAUACACUGAGAAGCAGAAAAUGGUUUACAAUGCUGUGCUCGAAGCAAAUAGAGCGGUGUUUAAAGCAGCAAAACCAGGAACUCGAUGGAUUGACAUGCAUAUGCUAGCCGAAAAAGUGAUACUCAUACAUCUUAAGAAGGCAGGGCUACUUAUAGGUGAUAUCGACGAAAUGAUGGAAGCAAGACUAGGAGCCGUAUUCAUGCCCCACGGUCUUGGUCAUUUCCUCGGUCUCGAUGUACAUGAUGUUGCCGGUUAUCUCGGGGCCUCCUCUAAGUUACCAGGCCUGAAAUCACUGCGCACCACCCGGACACUCCAAGAAAGGAUGGUAAGUGAUAACAAUCGAACCCGGUUGCUAUUUUAUCGAUUCAUGCUUGAUGACGCAUUCAAUGAUCCGAAGCUAGCAAAAUUUAUGGUCAAAGCAGAAAUUGACAAGUACCGUGGAGAAGGAGGGGUUCGUAUUGAAGACGAUGUGGUCAUUUGGGAGAAGGGCAACGAAAACCUGAGCGACGUACCAAGAACCACGGAGGAGAAUGUAGCGCCGAGAAGUGUGGUGCUACUACGGGGAGGAAGCGAUAUGAACCGCUACAAUACUGAUGAAACCGGAGUACCAUUCAGACAGGAAUCGUACUUCUUCUGGGCUUUCGGCGUUCACGAAAGCGAUUUCUAUGGUGCGAUCGAUGUAGACACAGGGAAAUCGUGUCUUUUCCCACCCAUUUUAGAUCCCAGCUAUGCUAUAUGGGAUGGCAAGAUCAGUGAUGAAUCCUUCUUCAAGAGCAAAUAUGAGGUUGACGAAGUUCAUUUCCGGGCAAAAAAUACUAUAAGUGAUCACAUUAGAAGGCUGAAUAUCAAGAAAGUUCUGCUUCUGAGAGCGGAAAACUCUGAUAGUGGAAACAUUCUAGAGCCACCUUCAUUCCCCGACAAAGAAUUAGGAUGUAACAGCUCAAUUCUUCACUAUGGACAUGCCAAUGCUCCCAACGAUAAGCUCAUCAAAGAUGGCGAUAUGUGUCUUUUCGAUAUGGGACCGGAGUACAAUUGCUAUGCCUCCGAUGUCACCACGUCAUUCCCCGCCAAUGGAAAAUUCAGUGAGAAGCAGAAAAUAGUAUACAAUGCUGUGCUCGAAGCAAAUCGAGCGAAGGCGGGACUACUUACGGGUCUGUUGAAAAGCUUUGAAUCAAAUUCGGGUUAUCAUAGAUCAUGGCUGUCAAAUAAGCAUAAUCACCAGCUGUUAAGCAGGUAA